GAUUGUUGGAAUUGCUUGUAAACUGAAAAUCAUGUAUAAAAACAGAGCCUUUAGUAAGCUCGAACAUCAUUUCUGAUUUCAAAUUUAUCUCCACUGACACUGAACUGAUACUUUGUGAGAACGUUCAAGAUGAAACUCUUUUUAAUUGCUACUCUUUUUGUUUAUUCCCUUAGUGCUCAAGAAUAUACAUAUAGUGAUUUGGAGCCAUUAACAGAUGAAAUUAUUGAUGCAAUCAACGCUUUGAACACAACAUGGAAGGCAGGUAUAAAUUUAAAUGGAUCAAGUUCAGUCCGAAUGGAUGAUUUGGUUUCCACUCAAAACGAUUUAAAUUACACUCAGGAUGCUCAAACUGACGUAUACCCAGCGAUGAAAUUGUCUGUGAACUUCGAUGCUCGUGAAGCUUGGCCUAACUGCACUUCAAUUGGUAAGAUCUAUGACCAAAGAAAAGGUUAUCCUUCAUGGAUCUACACGGCUGUUGGUACAAUUGCUGAUCGCCUUUGCAUCAAACAUGGUGUUCAGAUUGAUGUUGAAGCUACCGUCGAGCAUAUGAUCAAAUCGAAUGUUGGUUCCAACAGUUAUAAUAACAGUGCAAACAUUGGUCAAGCACUGAAAUACUGGGCUAAAAAUGGAGUCUUCACAGUUGAAUCAGUGAAGGAAUCAAGUUGCUUACCAUUUUCACAAAAAUGUCAACCCAACGAAAUCAAACUAAACAGAUAUUUUGCUGUUACCAAUAAUUACGUCAAUUAUGAAGAUAAAAUAAUGAGCUCCAUAACGCUGGAUGGGCCGAUAUCGGCUUACAUGGCAGUUUAUUCAGAUUUUCUCAGCUACAAAUCAGGUGUUUACAAGCGUCUCAGUGACAGAUAUUUGGGAGUUCAAAAUAUAAAAAUCAUCGGUUGGGGAACUGAAAACGGUGUCGAUUAUUUUUUGGCAGUUAAUUCAUGGGGAACUGCAUGGGGUGAAAAAGGUUUCUUCAAGUUCCAACGAGGAACACAACAAUUAGGUCAUGCACCCGUUCCGAUGUUCCCUUCGUUAGAGCCCGUUGAUAUUGUUCAAGACAUUCCCAAAUCAUAUGUUCACGGUCAACUGUUCUACUUGACUAAAUGAUCUUUUGGACUGAAUACAUUCGGAAUAACUUGAGGAAGUUCCUGAAGUUAAUCUUCAAGUUCUAUGUAUUUAUGCAAUAGUAAUUGAUAUUGAAAAAAUAAACUAAUUUACAAUGAAUUUUA